UUAGACUUCGACGGUCUUGCAACGCGAAUGUCAAAACACGGCACUUGCUUUUAGUGGACGGAUUAGGUGUGCGGUUCCUAAUUUAUGAGAAGGACGUUCCAUUUGCAAGUCUUCAAUCGAGUGCAAAAUGGCUUCAGCCUUUUCGUCCUCGGAUACGGCCGCGUUGGAGCGUGAGGUUGAUACAAAUUCAGCUGCAAAAUGGAACCUGGAAAACGUCUGGGAUGAUUCCCAGAAGUCCGUCUGCAUCGAGUGGGUAAACAAAAACAAGUUCGCAAAGGUUUGUUUACAAUUCCCGGAUGACCAGCUCACGUUCAGCACGAGGGUUCUGGAGGAAUUGAAGUCGGACUGUCCUGGCGUUCAGUUCUUUAUUCUCGCAGACACGUCGUACGGAAGUUGUUGCGUAGAUGAGAUCGCCGCCGCCCAUGUGCAAGCCGACAGCGUUGUGCACUUCGGCAAUGCCUGCCAGAGUAAGGUUACGCGACUGCCAGUCUUUUAUGUGUUUCCUCACCUCGAGUUUGACUGCGAUAAUUUCGUUAAUUGCAUCUCCAACCUCAAUUUGGCCAACAGCAAUGGAUCAUGCCACACAAUAGAUGUAUUUUUCGAGCUGAGUUAUCAGCACGUUAUUGAUGAUGCGCACAAAAAUGUUAUGCUAGAAAGGCUGCAAGCGCUGCCCAUCGCGAGCGGAAGGACCUUUGUCUUGCAAAAGUACCCCGGAAACAUAUCUUCAGACCAGUCUGCCAACGAAAACCGGGAUGUUUGCAUAUUCGUGGGCCACGACGAUCAGACCUUCUUCAACAUCGGCAUGUCCCUGAAAGCGUCGGAUUGGUUCUUGUAUGACCCCGAGCAGAAGACAUUACUCAAAACCGACCCAAUGACCACGCAAUGGGUCAGACGCCGGUACUUCUACAUCUCCAAAUGUAAAGAAGCGCAAACGAUUGGUCUAAUCGUCGCAACCCUCACCGCCGACGGCUACUUGGAUGUGGUCAAGCGAAUUCAGGAGAUGGCUCGAGCGCGAGGCAAACGUACUUACAUAAUUUCAGUGGGUCGCAUCAACCCCGCAAAGCUGGCAAAUUUCAUGGAGAUCGACUGUUUCGUACUUAUCGGGUGCCCGUUCAACAACAUUUACACAUCGCGAGAUUUCUACAAGCCCAUGGUGUCCGUUUUCGAGGCGGAGCUUGCAUUGAACCCUGCAUGGAACAACAAGUUGCCAGAAACGUACUCUCUGGACUUCAAGGAUGUUCUACCCGAAGGUAAACAGUAUCACGAAUUCAAUCUAGCCGAUAUCGAAGAGAAUGACGUGAGUUUGGUUAGUGGAAAUUUGAUGAGAGGACGCCCAGAUAUGAGUAUUGGCGGAGAAAUGACAAACGGUGCCAUAGCUGAGCGAAAAAACUAUCAACUUAUGGAAACUAAUGGCGGAACCGUUUUUGAGGAUCGUUCUUGGCGGGGACUGGAGCAGAACUUGGGGCGUACCGAGCCAGCGAAGAUCACAAAAGGCCUUAGUGGAAUUCCAACGAAUUAUACACAUGAUUAGGGAUAAGCGCUUGAUUGGUGUGAAUUAGUUUGUAAGUUGCCUUAUACUACCGAUGAGGGCGAACAAUGUGAUCAAUAUUGUUGAUGUCUAGAAGUGUCAAUGCGGUUGCUGUUGGAAUUAGCGAGGGGAAAGAAUAAAUGAAUGAUGAACUAGGGGAA